AGCGAGCAUCUUAGCUGCCUGCAACACCGACACACAUUGGAGCUAGGGGGGGGGGCAGAGAAAAGAGAGAGAUUGGAGAAUAAACAAGAAGAAGAGAUGAGGAUAAGAAUGCUGCUCCUGCUGUUUCUGUGACGGUGGGCUGGCUGUGAGAGUGCUCGCGUGGCUUUCCGUCUCUCUCGCAAACUCUGCUAUGCACAUGCUAUCUUUCUUUUGCUCUUGAUCUAUCAGGGAUUCUUUCUCUCUUUUUCUUUCAAGCUCCCUCAUGCCCUCUCUCUCUGUGCUACUCCGACUACUGCAGUAGUCCACCAGCCAGCGUCAACAGCCACACACAUGGCUAACUGCCACAACUUACUACCUCAGCCCCGGAGAAAGAAAUAACCAAAAUGCAAGCAGAGGGACACUGCAGGAGACAGCCUGAGGGACAAAGCAAACAUCGCAGAAAAUAAUUCCCAACGUAUUUCCUUGUUUACGGAAACAGAUACGGAAACCACUUUCACUGUUAUCCUCCCGGCGUCAUGUUUUUCCUUCUCUCUUAUUGAAGAAGAGGACACGAGUGCUCUCUCUAUCUCUCUCUUCCCUCUCUCUUCCAUCAGCCUUUUGCAAAGCUCCGACAGUGCAGCGUACCACCCCCCACCUCCACACAACGCCACCAUCUCUCCCACCACCCUCUACCCUCCUCCCCCCAGGAGGAAUAGACGGAUUACUGCUAACUGUGCACACGGCAGCAUGCAGCUGCUCUGACCGGGGCCAGCCCAAUGUUAGGAGAAAGCAAGAGGGAAGCAGAGGAUGAGGAAAAAGGGUGAUGACUGUGCCGGGAGUUCUUUAGUCUUUUUUUGUCUCUCAGUCUCUGUCACAACAGGGCUAAUAAGCAACCGACAAGCCCUUGGCAAAGUCACAGUAAGGGAGGUCUCUUACCCAAACAGGCAACCAACCAACGAGCCAACACAUGCACCAGGAGCUGACAGAGAGGAGGAUUUUUUUCUUUAAUUUUCUUUCAGUCCCAUCGUUUAUCCUGCUCUGUGGCAAUCAGCUACGUAAUGGAUCAUUGUGAUUUAUCCACGGUGGAGCUGCAUUUUGGAAUCUGCAGCCUGGCAGAACGGGAGUCAGUGGAGGAAGAAAGGAUUUAAGCACCUGCUAAGAUUUCAUGGCCUUACCUUUUGCUCUGAGUGUUUUUUAAGCUUCUUUUUGCAUUUAAUUUUAGAAUACAUUUUAUAUUUUUGGCUAAUAAAGAGUCACACCACUUUUUCAAAAGACAAGGACAAGAAAGCAUUUACCUUCUGUCAUUUCAUGGAGAGGAUUACCAGCGAAUGUGACGCAUGGCUGUUGCUUUUAACUUUUGGAAAAAAGGAGCACCUUUAAACUAAUGAGCAUCUUCCUGCACUGUCGAUGGAACCUGGGAGCCUUGAGCUGCUCCAGCCAGGCUAGGGUGGUCUAUCCUUCGGUGUGUCCCGUAUCCCCCCACCAUGCAGAAUAAUGAGCCCUCCACACCAUGAGUCCGUUGGCCCAGGUUAAUGUGCAGUCUACCUGGAACACAGCCCUGCUCGCCGUGCUUUCCCUAAUGGUGUCUGCUCUCAGUAUGUGCCAGUCCACGGGCCCCGGGUUGGGCUCAAAAAUUCCACAGAACUGUCCAGGUGUGUGCUCCUGCACCAACCAGCUCAGCAAGGUGGUGUGCACCCGCAGAGGCCUGAUUAGGGUUCCUCCGAACAUCCCAGCCAACACCAGGUACCUGAACCUGAUGGAGAACAGCAUAGAGACUAUACAGGCAGAUACCUUCAGACAUUUGCAUCAUCUGGAGGUGUUGCAGUUGGGCAGAAAUGCAAUCAGGCAGAUUGAAGUGGGGGCUUUUAAUGGUUUGACCAGUCUGAAUACCCUGGAGUUAUUUGACAACAGACUAACAGUCAUACCAAGUGGAGCUUUUGAGUAUCUUUCAAAGUUGAGAGAACUGUGGCUCAGAAACAAUCCAAUUGAGAGCAUUCCCUCUUAUGCCUUUAACCGAGUUCCCUCGCUCAUGAGACUAGACCUGGGAGAGCUGAGGAAGUUGGAGUACAUCUCUGAAGGGGCUUUUGAGGGCCUUCACAACCUCAAGUACCUGAAUUUAGGGAUGUGCAGUUUGAGGGAGUUUCCAAAUUUGUCACCUCUCUUGGGGUUGGAGGAGUUGGAGAUUUCUGAAAACGUUUUCCCAGAGCUAAAGCCUGGGGCUUUUCGUGGGCUUAAGAAUUUACGGAAACUUUGGAUUAUGAACUCUGCCAUUACAAUUAUUGAGAGGAAUGCAUUUGAUGACAUCACUGCUUUGGUGGAGUUGAAUCUUGCCCAUAAUAAUUUAUCAUCCCUUCCCCAUAACCUAUUCACCCCUCUACAGUACCUGGUGGAGCUACAUCUACACCACAACCCUUGGGGCUGUGAUUGUGAUGUAGUCUGGCUGUCCUGGUGGCUCAGAGAAAACAUUCCCACCAAUUCCACCUGUUGUGGACGCUGUCACACCCCAAUCCAGAUGAGAGGAAGAUACUUAGUGGAAGUUGAUCAAACAACAUUUCAGUGUUCAGCACCAGUCAUACUCGAUGCUCCAAGAGAUCUGAACAUUUCUGCAGCAAGAGUGGCAGAAAUGAAGUGUCGCACAGCAGCUAUGAGUUCUGUACGAUGGCUUCUCCCUAAUGGGACCGUGUUAACCCAUGGCUCAGCUCACCCAAGGAUAUCUGUUCUCAACGAUGGAACACUCAACUUUUCCAAUGUUCUCCCCUCAGACACAGGGGUCUACACUUGCAUGGUGAGCAACAUGGCAGGCAAUUCCAAUGCUUCUGCUUAUCUAAAUGUCAGCAAUGCUGAACUUAACACGUCUAACCUAUCCUACUUUACAACUGUAACAGUGGAAGUUUUGGAACCCACCGUGGAAGAUACUCCUAAGCCCAAACCCACUUUACCUGCCUCCCCCUCUGUUUUUCAACCUGUCUUUAUCUCCACACCAACUGUGCUGUUCCAAAAUACUCAAACUCCAAGGCAGGUUUCAGUUCCCACAGCCAGAGUCCCUAGUGGGCCACCUGCCAGUCUGGAUGAGAUGAUGAAAACCACAAAAAUCAUCAUUGGCUGUUUCGUUGCUGUUACUUUACUGGCAGCCGCCAUGUUGAUAGCAUUCUAUAAACUGCGUAAGAGGCAUCAGCAGAGGAGUACUGUGGCUGCAGCCAGGACCAUAGAAAUUAUACAAAUGGAGGAAGAGGUUCCACCUGUUCCACCACCUACAUCCGGGUCCAGUGGCUCUGACGACACAGGUUUGGUACUGCCAACAUUAGUGGAACACAACAGCAACACAUUUAAGCCUGGGUUUGUUUCUUCUUCUUCUUCAUCCCGACAAGGGAGCUAUGGGGCCCACUGGACCCAGAACAACUCUCUUCAUCGCUCAGUGAGACAGCAUCACAGCCACAUCAGCAUCAUUGCUGAUCCCUAUGUCAUAAUGACUUCUCACGGCAAGGAGAAAGUUCAAGAGACCCAAAUCUAAAUUAUUCUCCCAGUGGAUCUAUUUCUGACUCAGUCGAAACCCUGCUCUGAAAUCUGCUCACCAGUCCAUGCAAUAUAAUGCACAAAGAGCAAAAUGUCAACUUUAUUUUGUACAGAAUUGCAAAACAGACUUUUUUUCUUGUAUAUGCCUAUAUAUACAC